ACUAGAAUACUGAUGCAGCAAUGUGAAACAAAAAGAGGAACCAUGAGGUUAUCUCUUGUAUUUCACAAUCUUUCCUCCACAGUGCAGAUCAGCCUAAGACGUGGCCGCCGUUGUUCAGGAAAACCUACAAUGGGGAACAACACAGACAGUGGUGAAGUGGAAUAUUUCUGUCCUGACAUAUCUGACUUUACAACCAUCAGUGGUGCUUUCUUUAUUUUGAUCUUUAUCUUCAGUGUCACAGGCAACAUUCUCCUCUUAUGUGUUCUUGUCCUCUACGAGAAGCUGAAAAAUGUCACAAAUCUGUUUGUCCUGAACCUGGCCUUCUCUGAUAUCAUCUUCACUGUCACACUUCCAUUCUGGGCAGUUCAGAGCCUGCACCACUGGGUCUUUGGUGACUUUGCCUGCAAAUUUAUGACUGCAGCAUACUUUGUUGGUUCGUACAGUAGCGUCAUUCUGCUGACUGCCAUGACUGUGGACCGUUUCAUAACAGUGGUGCUGCACAUCUGGCCGAGCAAACCUGUAAGGAGGCAGAUGUGUGCAAUGGCCGCCUGUGCAGCUGCAUGGACCAUCAGCAUUGCUGCAUCCAUAAGUGAUGCUAUCAAAGUAAAGGAAACUAACUCACACAAGGGGUACGUGUGUGAUUCUCCCUUUGAUGACUCUGAUGUCAAACUGGGAUAUUAUCUCCAAGUGUCACUGCUCUUUUUCCUCCCAUUUGUCAUCAUUGUUUUCUGUUAUUCUGCCAUCCUCAAGACCGUUUUUCAGGCUUCAAACAGAAAAAGGCACAGGACUGUAAUAGUGGUGUUAUGUAUUGUUACAGCCUUCUUCAUCUGCUGGGGACCUUACAACAUCUUACUUUUCAUUGAGUCUAUCUAUAAACCCAAAGGCUGUAACGCGCUUGAACGCUUUGAAAUUGCCUUUUCGAUUUGUCGUAUACUUGCUUUUUCUCACUGCUGUAUGAACCCUCUGCUGUAUAUGCUCUCGCAAAAGUUGCGAAGACAUCUCUUGCAGCUUUUACACUGUGAUUGUCCCCAGAGGAAGAGCAGGGAGCGAAGCACUGGCCAGAGCACUUUUGAAUUGAAAAAUUUGUUCAAUCUGUAAACGCUUUCAUGUGAUAAACUGUAGUUUGUAUUUAUUUAAUUUUAAAGUUAUUUUUUUAUGUUAUGUACAUUUCCUUAAAAUACAUCAUUCAGUUUUAACUUUCUUUUAAAUGAACCAAGUAAUUGAUAAUAUGUUUAAAACAAGUUAAAGCAUGUGAUUAUAUGAUGAUGUGAGAAAAGGCUUUCAGUGCACUUUCUCAGCCCCUAUGAAUGAAAAUUGAAAUUGUUACAGUAAUAUGUUUUAAGAAAAGUAAGCUGAAAUGUAGUUGCUGGAGCUGUUUUCACUUCUUCCUUUUUUAAAACCAAAUGUUGCAAAAUAAUAGCAUGGGCUGGAUUUAAGAUAAGGAAGAGGAUAAGGUUUCCUUUUGCAUUUUAUCUCUUUGAUGUGUAUAAUAUGUUACAGCAUAUUUAUCGAUGUAUCUAUUCAGUGUGGUAAAUUAUUUAUGUAAAAAGUGAAUGGGGAAACUAAAGAAGACCUGCUCUUUUUCCUCCCAUUUGCCAUUAAUGUUUUCUGUUAUUUUGCCAUGCUCAAGACCGUUUUGCAGACUUCAAACAAAAAAAAUCACAGGACUGUAAUGGUGGUGUUGUGUAUUCUUAUAGCCUUCUUCAUUUGUUCAGUCUGUUAAUGUUUUCAUGCAAUAUAGUUUGUAUUUAUUUAAUUUUUAGAUAUUUUUUAAUAUUUUGCACUUCUUUAAAAUAUAUGGUAUUAUUUUUAUGUCACUUUCUUGUAAAUUAACCAAGUAAAUGAUAAUAUGUGCAAAAAAAAUAAAAUAAAAUAA